UCUCGAUUCUGGAUCUGUUGACACGGCCAUUGUUAAUGCGGACUAUGCGUAUUUUGGUGGUAAAGGUAAAUCUGGCCGGGCUUACUCUCUCGGAAAAUGUUCAACUCUGGGGCCUAACGCUCAGAACGUCGGUUGUGAGCGGGAGCUACGCGUAUUUCGGGACACGAGAGAGUCCAGCGGUAGUCCUCAAGGUAGAUCUCGCUGAUUUCAGUUUAGCAGACAUCCUUGAGCUCGGUGAAUAUGGUGGAGAACAGCUAUCUACAUCAGUUCUGAGCCGAGACUAUGCGUACUUCGGGACUGAAACUGACCCUGGUCUAGUUCUGGUAGUGAAUCUGGUCGAUUUCUCUCAUGUGGAUAGCCUCGAUCUCAGUCCAUAUGGUGGAGAGUUCCUAUCGACGUCGAUUGUGAGCAUGAACUAUGCGUAUUUUGGUCUGGAAGGAUUUCCAAAUACGUUCGCAUGA